GAUUUUCUAUUUUUAAUUAGGGUGAAAUUUUUAUUGAAAAUAAAUCUUCAUACAACAGAAACACUGACAGCUGCAGCAAUUAUUAGUUUCCAAAAAAUCUGGUGACUUUUACUGAAAACUUUCCUUAAGGAAACAUUUUCCAAGACAAAAGAAAUCCUGGUUUUAUUGAUCAGAAAUUAUUAUUUUUUUCACAUUUACAAAAAUUAUUUUAAUAAGUAAAAACUGCAAAACUCUUAAGUUUGGUAUAAAUAUAAAUAUAAUUUCAACAUUUAAAGUGAAUUUAAGUUGAACAUUUUGACGGUUUCGAAAGAUGUGACCAAAAGUUUGUGCACCCCUGAGUUGAAGCUCCAGGAAACUUUGCAGGUUUUUCAGUUUCUAAUAUUUUAACUUUUUAAACUUUUUAAACACUGAUGUGGCAGAAAAAACAUUUUCUUUGCUUUUCAUCAUUUCUUCACGUUUAGAUGAACUUCACUUCACAAGUUAAUCUAAAAUAUCAGCCCGGUUCUGGAGUCCGGCUCGGAUCUCUAUAGACUUGCUGCAGUCUGGACCCGUCCCACCUGGGGUCAGAGGUCACCGUAGUCACCUGACUUCUGGAAACUGGAGUUUCUGUGAAGCGUGGGAAGUGAAAGGUGAUGUGAAAGCGCUGCAGGUCCAGACUGCGCCGCGCCGCCUUCUGCUCCGGAUCGCCGUUCCGAGCGCUCAACAUGUCGGAUCUGUCCAGCCAGCAGCAGCAGCCGGGCCGGGCCGCUCACCUGGGCGGCGGAUGGACGGGUCUGAAGGACGAAGGCCGGAGGAUGAAGAGGAAGGAGAAGAACCGAGUGGCUGCUCAGAAGAGCCGCAAGAGACAAACGCAGAGGGCCGACCAGCUGCACCAGGCCUGUGAGCUGCUGGAGCAAAGAAACAGGAAGCUGAAGAGAGAGGUGGAUUCUCUCUCUGAGGAGCAGAACUUCCUCUCUGAGGCUCUCAGGGCUCAUGAACCUUUCUGUCCCAUCAUGCAUUGCUCCUUCACCCCCUCCAGCCUGCAGCCUGACGCCGCGGCUCGCUCAGUCUGAGGUCAGUGACCUUUCACAUCUGGAUCCAGCUGCCAGAUAAUGAACUGACUUGCCGCCAGAGGGCGCCGUUUAUCCUCCAUCAGCAGCAGAGUCCCGCAGGCGGCGGGACUCUGCUGACCCCUAGUGGCGCCGAAGAGUCAUCACACAUCCAGGAUUCUUUAUUAAUGUCAUCAGAAUGCAUAAAAAUAAAUUAAUUGAUUAAUAAAAAAAAAUUAUUGAAUAAA